CUUGCUUGCAGUCCAGGUCAUCUCGGUCUACCGUACAAACCACCUCCGCAGAUCCGAGACACCAGGGCAUAGGAAGCUAAGCUACCAUCUUAGUAACUAUAUUGCACUACGUUGACGGUCCUCACCUUGCAAGCUUUUUUAAAGAUCAUCAACCCGGGACAACAAGCUCCCACCCCAUCUUCUCAGUCCACCAGCACAGAAUGGGAUUCUUCUCCCGCGUCCUCACCCUCUUCGGGUUGGUGUUGCUUGCCCACGCAGGCUACUCCGCCCACGAACACACCCUCCUAACCAGCAGCGCCAGCAGCGCCCGCCUCACCAACCCCCUUCAGACGACGACGACAACAACCACGCACCUUCCGCCGGACAUCAUCAUCGAAGCCCUGGUGUCCCUAAUUAUCGUCUCCGUGGGCCUCGUCCUGGGCACCGAGACACUCAAACCCAUCAGCUGGAGCGAGUGGGCGGGCCAGAUCGAGCGCGAGGGCAAAGGGCGCCAUCCGUACCGGCGGUUGGAGGAGCGGUAUGCGUUCUGGGAUGUUCGGGCGAAGAGAAAGGAGUUUGCGGAUUGGAUUCGGGGGUCGGGGGUGGGGGGUGAGGUGGUUGAGGAGAAGAAAUGA